UUACAGAGCCUAAAAUAAAGAGAUCAUCAGUCGGUUACUGCCUUUUACUGGAGGCUGUAGAGAGCCGGUCAGAACAGGCGCCGAACACGGCGCCACUCGCCAUUGCCCCAGCUGCUGCUAGGGUUUCCGAACCCCGCUUCCUUCGGUCGGCAGCAUCCCUUGGCCUCUUGGGAUUACAAAAGAAACGCACCGCACCUGGCUCCCACUCCCCUUUCUUUGUUCGAAUCCAUUGGAGCCCACGAGGUAGUUGCCUCCCAAAACCCUCUAGGCCUCUACCUCUGCUACUAAUAAGUGAGUCCCAUCACUUCCAGUUCCAGUCUUGGAUCCUGGAAGAUUCUGCGCGAUCUCAUCAUCUCCUUCUCGAUGGGGCCUAUUCUUGGCAGGCUUUUCGCUUCCUGGAUCCUCGCUGAUGUGCAGGAAUGGCAGUUCUAGGAGUUCCAGGACCCGCCAGAUAAAAGGUAACACUCAUUACAGGAAUCCCGUCUGUUCUAUUCUUGGAUCGCCGGUUGUAUUUGUUUCUUCGUCUGGAUGGCAGCCGGGUAGACGCAAAUUCUUUAUCCAUAUAUCGUGUUCUUGGCAUUGAUUUGAUCUCAAUAAACAUCUUCGAAAGCCGCGAUCUUUCUUCUUGGAAUCUAUGCACGUUUGACUUGUUGUCUCACGCAGACUGAAGAGCACGGACACUCGGAGUCGGACGCUGCUCGGCCUCGUCCUGGACGGAGGAAUCUUGCAGAUGGAGCCGGCAAAGGGGAAGAUGAGGAGGACGUCCUCCAACCUGCUUCUGCGAAUCACGGACAUCUGCAAGGUGCAUUCCGUCGGCGUCGCGGAGAACGUCGGCGGGAAGCCCAAGGCCGACAGCACCGGGGGGAGCAGUGAAGACGGUGCACACCUGAAAGUACACCCGCAUCAAGUCUCUGACCAUGAGAGUUGCUCCGGAAGCUCCACUGCCCGCUAUGAGGAAGCGGUUGUCGAGAGGCUUCUUGAGGCAAUCUCUUGUCUGAAGCUGGCUUAUGUCAAGGUUCAGCAAGCACAUGUGCCAUAUGAUCCUGAAAAGAUUGCGGUCGCUGGUGAACAUUUCGCGUCCGAGCUUGAAGGGACCUCUGGGCUUAAAGAUCUGUAUGUUAGUGCCAACAAGUGGAGCAAUCCAAUGUAUCAGUCUCAUGUCAGCUCAAGAAUUCAUGAGCAGCAGAAGCUCGCUGUGGAGUUGCAGGCUGACAUCUGCAAGAAAGAUUCUGAACUUGUUCUGUUGCGAGCAGAGUUGGAAGCGCUGGAAAGGAGUAAUAUGGAACUGAAGGAGGAGGUUGAUCGGAGAGCAAUGCACAGGGAGAACAAAAUUGGCAUUGGCAAGGGGGAAUCAAUGGAUAUGUUCAUCGAAUUGUUUGAGAGUUCAUCGAAGCAUAUUCACGAUUUUACAAAACUCGUCGUCAGUUGGAUGAGAGUUUCAGGAUGGGACCUCGGCAUCUCUAACUUUCCAACUGACAAAUCUGUCGUAUAUGAGAAAAGGUCUCAUAAGAAGUAUGGUGUUGAGGCGUACUUUGCUCGUGCAAUGCUUAUGGGGACCAAAGAAGAGUAUUUCUCCAUGGAUUCGUAUGAUCGUGUCAUGAGUUUUAAGGAUCCAUUUGAUGCUCUUAUGGAGGCUCCAAAUUCUGCUUUUGGAAGAUUUUGCAGAGAAAAGUAUCUGGUGGCUGUACCUAGGAGUAUGGAGGAUUCCUUCAUGGGAAAUUUGGAUCACAGAGCAUUUGUCGAGAGGGGCGGUCAUCCAAGGACACAAUUUUACCAGACAUUUGCAAAAAUGGCUCGAUAUGUUUGGGCAUUGCUCACAGUUGCUCGCUACUUGAAACCAAGAGCUGAAAUGUUCUUCGUAAAGACUGGUGUUCAGUUUCAAAAGAAGCACAUGGAAAGUGUACCAGCCAAAUUGACCACGGAGGAAGCAAACUUCAGUGUUGGCUUUACAGUAAUGCCUGGCUUUAAGAUUGGAUGCACUAUCAUCAGGUGCAAGGUCUAUCUGUCGAUGCUGGAUGCACGGCAUUUCUAAACACAUAAUACUAUAAUUAAAGCAUGAGGUAAGCAGAAUGCAAUAGUUUUAUAGUAGUUCUAUUAAAUAAGCUUACGGUUGGAAGCUCCUCCUGUAUUACGACGAGGAACAUUAGCCAAUAUAUAUAACUGAAGAGCACUAACUUGCUGUAAAGUCUUAUGCUACUAUAUGAAACAUUUUCAGUGUUCUGAUCUUCUCUGAGUCAUGCCUUUGUUCCUACGGAAAAUUGAACAUCCCUAUAACAUUUUCUAUAUAUCUAACCAUGAGUGAAACAAUGCUUCUGAUGGUACAAUAGAAUUUCAUCUGGCAAAAA